AGCUGCGGGAGUGGUGGUGGCUGGCUGGCCCUCCACACAGCUGGGCAUAGCUGCGAUCGGCCGCUGUGGCGGCUGCUGGGUGCAGAUCACUUCUAUAACUCGAUCGCCUAUUUGCUUUCAGAAGCAUUAUGUCUCGACCCCGACACCCACCCCUUGUGACAGGGAUCUCUCCCAAAGAAGGAAUUCCAUGGACCAAAGUCACAAUUCGAGGAGAGAACCUGGGCACUGGUCCAACUGACCUCAUAGGUCUGACAAUUUGUGGACAUAAUUGCCUCCUGACUGCAGAAUGGAUGUCGGCAAGUAAAAUAGUAUGUCGAGUGGGGCAAGCCAAAAAUGAUAAAGGAGACAUCAUUGUCACAACCAAGUCAGGUGGCAAAGGAACCUCCACAGUCUCUUUCAAACUGCUCAAGCCUGAAAAAAUAGGUAUCUUGGAUCAGUCCGCUGUCUGGGUGGAUGAAAUGAAUUAUUAUGAUAUGCGCACUGACAGGAAUAAAGGAAUUCCUCCUUUGUCCUUACGUCCUGCUAAUCCACUUGGGAUUGAGAUUGAAAAAGGUAAAUUUCCCCAGAAGGACUUAGAAAUGCUGUUUCAUGGAAUGAGUGCUGAUUUCACAAGUGAGAAUUUUUCAGCUGCUUGGUAUCUCAUUGAGAACCACUCAUCCACCAGUUUUGAACAGCUCAAAACGGCAGUGAACAAUUUGAAGAAACAGGCUAACAAGAAGAAUGAAGGCAGUCUGGCGUAUGUGAAAGGAGGCCUUAGUACUUUUUUUGAAGCACAAGAUGCCCUCUCAGCUAUCCAUCAAAAACUGGAAGCGGAUGGAACGGAAAAAGUGGAAGGGUCCAUGACGCAGAAACUGGAGAAUGUUCUGAACAGAGCAAGUAAUACUGCAGACACGUUAUUCCAAGAAGUCUUAGGUCGGAAGGACAAGGCAGAUUCCACCAGAAAUGCGCUCACUGUGCUCCAGCGAUUUAAGUUUCUUUUCAGCCUUCCUCUGAAUAUUGAAAGGAAUAUUCAAAAGGGUGAUUACGAUGUGGUUAUUAAUGAUUAUGAAAAGGCCAAGUCACUCUUUGGAAAAACAGAGGUGCAAGUUUUCAAGAAAUAUUAUGCCGAAGUAGAAACACGAAUUGAAGCUUUAAGAGAAUUACUUCUGGAUAAAUUACUUGAGACACCAUCAACCUUACAUGACCAAAAACGUUAUAUAAGGUAUCUGUCUGACCUUCAUGCUCCUGGUGACCCUGCUUGGCAGUGUAUUGGAGCCCAACACAAGUGGAUCCUUCAGCUCAUGCACAGUUGCAAGGAGGGCUAUGUAAAAGACCUAAAAGGUGGCCCAGGCCUACUUAGCCCCGUGUUGGAUCUCGAGAAUGAUGUGCGCCCUUCAGUACUGGGUCAUCUUGGUCAGACAGCAUCACUCAAGAGAGGCAGCAGCUUUCAGUCUGGGCGAGAUGAUACAUGGAGAUACAAAACUCCCCACCGGGUGGCGUUUGUUGAAAAACUGACCAAGCUUGUUUUAAGUCAGCUGCCUAACUUCUGGAAGCUCUGGAUAUCAUAUGUUAAUGGAAGCCUUUUUAGUGAGACUGCUGAGAAGUCAGGCCAGAUUGAAAGAUCAAGGACUGCAAGACAAAGACAAAAUGAUUUUAAGAAAAUGAUUCAGGAACUAAUGUACUCUCUUGUGAAGCUGACUCGUGGGGCUUUGCUCCCGUUCACCAUCAGGGAUGCCGAUGUGCGGCAGUACGGAGGCUGGGAGGGGAAGUCUGGCCUCUCGGGACAGUGGCUCACUCAUGCCAUCCAGACUGUAAGACUUACGUACGAAUCGUUGACUGCUUUGGAGAUCCCUAAUGACAUGUUGCAGACCAUCCAGGAUCUUAUUCUGGAUCUCCGAGUACGCUGUGUGAUGGUCACACUGCAGCACACCGCGGAAGAAAUAAAGAGAUUAGCGGAAAAGGAAGACUGGAUUGUUGACAAUGAAGGACUGACUUCUCUCCCCUAUCAGUUUGAGCAAUGCAUCGUGCACUCCCUGCAAGCACUGAACGGAGUCCUGGAGUGCAAGCCAGGAGAAGCCAGCGUCUUUCAGCAACCUAAAAUACAGGAGGAAGUUUGCCAACUAAGCAUCCAUAUCAUGCAGAUUUUUAUACACUGUCUGGAACAAUUGAGCACCAAGCCUGAUGCAGAUAUAGAUACCACACAUCUUUCUGGUGAUGUUUCAUCUCCUGAUUUGUUUGGGAGUAUCCAUGAAGACUUCAGUUUAACCCCUGAACAACGGCUUUUAAUAGUCCUGAGUAACUGCUGCUAUCUAGAACGUCACACCUUCUUAAAUAUAACAGAACAAUUUGAAAAGCACAGCUUCCAGGGAAUAGAAAAAAUAACACAGGUUAGCAUGGCUUCGCUGAAAGAAUUAGACCAAAGGCUCUUUGAAAAUUAUAUUGAGCUGAAAGCAGAUCCCAUUGUUGGCUCCCUAGAGCCUGGAAUUUAUGCAGGCUGUUUUGACUGGAAAGAUUGCCCGCCUCCAGCAGGUGUCAGAAACUAUUUGAAAGAAGCAUUGGUGAAUAUAAUUGCUGUGCAUGCAGAGGUGUUCACUAUUUCCAAAGAAUUGGUGGCUCGGGUACUAUCCAAGGUGGUUGAAGCAGUUUCCGAAGAGCUCAGUCGACUGAUGCAGUGUGUUUCAUCCUUCAGCAAAAAUGGAGCAUUACAGGCAAGGCUUGAAAUCUGUGCCUUAAGGGACACUGUGGCCAUUUAUCUGACACCUGAAAGCAAGUCUAGUUUUAAGCAAGCUUUGGAAGUUCUGCCUCAACUCUCAAGUGGAACAGAUAAAAAGUUACUUGAAGAGCUUCUGAACAAGUUCAAGAGUAGCAUGCACGUACAGCUCACCUGUUUCCACGCUGCCUCUUCCACCAUGAUGAAGACAUAGAUGUCUGCAAAACAAGAGCGGUCCAGAAAAAUAAGGAUAAUAAAACGAUUAAUGUUCGUAAAUGCCCUGAAGAUACUUGUAUAUAAAAUACAGAGUUUGUGGUGCUUUUUUGUGUUGGUGUGGUUUGGGUUUUUUUUACCCAAUGGGCAGCUUAGAGAAAUGUGGGAUAUGUUUUCUUUUAGCCAAAAAUGACCUUAUUUCAAAUGCCCAUCAUAUUUACAUUGUGAUCUCUAUUGAAUUGGGUUUUGCAUGACUGUUGGGAGCAUCUUUUAAAGCUCUCUGUGCCUCUUGCCUCUGUGUGUGCAGCGAAUGCUGCAGGAGAGCCAUGGUGCUGGCAGUGUUUGGGCGUGGCUCCUGUUUUCUGAGGAUGGCAGGUUGUCUCAAAGGCUCCAGUCAAGAACUGCUCCUGUCGGAACAGCUGUCCAGGGCACGUGAGAGAUUAAUAAGCAAAGAUUUGGAAAGUUAGAUAGGUGCGUCUUUGAGGCUUUCACUGCUCUUGUGGAACUGUGCUUAGAACUUUGUUUCAUGAAAAUGGCUUGGAUCCAAGUAGGUUUUUGGUGAGGAAAAAAAAAAGUCUGAUCUGCAUUAAAAUGUAUUUGGGGUGGAUGCUUUCUUAUCCAGUCCAUGAAUCUUCCAUUUUUGACUAGUUUUUAGUUUUACAAUGGUUAACAGUAGCUUCUCCAUGUAGCUUGGGGGGGGUUUCUCGUUUCCCUCUGUGUUUGCCCUGUGCCGCUGCACACUGCUCACUGCUGCGUCGGGAUGGCUUCGAAAGAAGAAACCACGUGCUGGCACGGGACGCACACCCUGGUCAUUGCCGCCCCUUGCACAGCGACUGGCUCCUCCCUCCACAGUUUCACGUCUCAUCAUUACUUCGUUCUCUUCGGAACAGUUUGUCCAAUAGCUCGGAGAAUGCCGGCCUGCACUGCCUGAGUUUUCUGAACUUUGAAGGAAGCGCUUCACCACUGGGCAGGACCAGCUACAACCAAGCCCUGUGCUGUGUGUCCUCUGUGCACUGUUGACUGCGGCCUUGGGAGCUGGCUCAGGUCAGCGUGACCUCACAGCAUGACUUUCCCCGACCAAAUGCUGCAGAAAUACCAUGUGCUGCAGAAAAUUAAGCAAUUCUCCGUUUGUAUUCUGCUUGUCAAAGUUUUCAAAUGAACGUGGAUGCCAGAGACUCCUUUUUUAAUACUGAAGUUAAUGUCUUUACCAAUACAAUCAUAUUAGAACACAGAAAGCCAUGCAUGCUAACAUUAGUCACUGUAAGUCAAUCUUGUUUGUUAAUUUAGUGCAUGCGGGGUGGUGCAAACUGGAAAUGUAAAUUUUCGUAUUUACUGAUCGGUUGACUGGGCAAGAGAGGGGCUCUGCCUCUCCUACGUGUCAACCAGUAUGCGCUCACGUGGCUUUGAGUGGGGCUAUAAAACUGCAUCCUGAAUGUUUUUGUUAUCUUCAUUAUCGAAUUCAUAGCAUGGAACCAAUAAAGAUUCUGUCUUCAGUAGAAAAUAGAAUUGAGUGAA